UUGACCAAGCGUUGAACAAGUCUAGUCGUCACUUGGUAUUCGAAGUAGAAAGUGGUACCAGAUCGAGGUUCUGUGCGGUUGACUCCAGAGUCGAUAAGUGUUUUGUUUUUCGGUGGAUUUCGGGAAAAUUUGAAAGGACAACAGCGAGAUGACAAAGCCUGCCGAUAUAGAAAAAAUGCCGGACCGCAUAGCGGAGAUGUUUACCGGGAAGACAGUCUUCAUAACAGGAGGAUCUGGUUUUCUUGGGAAAGUCCUGAUAGAGAAGUUGCUGAGAUGUUGCGGCGGGGUCAAGAAGAUCUACAUCCUCAUCAGGAACAAGAAGGGCAAGACGCCGAAUGAGAGGAUUCAAGACAUCUUCAACAAUGCUUUGUUCGAUACCUUGAGGGCCAAGAAUCCAGAUGCGUUCCAGAAAUGCCAAGCGAUAGCUGGCGACGUGACAGAAGUCGACCUUGGCAUCUCCUCCGAGGACAGGAAGACUCUGCAAGAAGAAGUCGAGUUCUUCUAUCACUCAGCUGCGACCACCAGGUUCGACGAUACCAUGAAGUACGCCGUUACCAUGAACACCAGGGGUACCAAAUUCGCCCUGGAUCUGGCCCAUCAGUGCAAGAAGUUGAAGUGCUUCAUCCACGUAUCCACCGCCUAUGUUAACCCUCUCCAAGACGUCCUCGAUGAGAAAUACUACCCCCCGCCAGCAAACCCCUACGAGGUCCUCAACAGCAUCAACUGGAUCAAAGAAGACGCAAUGGGAAACUUCACCAAACAACUUCUUGGGGACAUCCCCAACACUUACACCUUCACCAAGGCCCUUGCCGAGGCUCUAGUCUACGACCAGAUGGAGAAACUACCCGCUAUAGUGGUCAGACCAUCAGUUGUUAUCCCAAUUUACAAGGAUCCCUUGCCCGGGUGGUGCAACAAUUUGCAAGGCCCAAUGGGUCUGUUCGUGGGAGCUGGUAAGGGCAUCAUCAGGAGCAUGUACAUGGACAGCAAAUCUUACGCUGAUAUGGUCCCGGCUGACAUUUGCGUCAACGGUAUGCUUUGCGCCACUUGGUACCACGUCAACGUUGAGAAGAAACAACGCUUCUUCAACCUGACCAGUACCUCGGACUAUCAGUUCUCCUGGGAGGAGAUCAUAGAGAUGGGUAAAAAGAUCGUGUAUACCAGGAUGCCCUUCAACCAAUGCGUCUGGUACCCCGGAGGCUCCAUGAAGAAGUCUAGGAUACACCACGCCAUCUGUUUCUACCUGUUCCAGAUCAUCCCAGCACUAUUCAUUGAUCUUCUCCUGCUCAUUUUAGGUUAUAAACCAGUAUUGUAUGGGAUCCAGAGGAGGAUAGAGAAAGGACAGGAGAUGUUCGAAUAUUACACUUCAAGGGCGUGGAACUUCACGAAUGACAAGAUGAAGAUAGCCAGGGAUUUGAUGAAUAAAAGGGAGAGGUCAACUUAUAUCCUGGACGGGGAGGGGUUGGAUCUCAUGGAUUAUUUUGAGCAGUGUAUACACACCGUGAGGUUGACGAUCUUGAAGGAAACCGAUGAUAUGUUACCAGCAGCCAGGAGGAACAUGAAGAUACUUUGGGCAUUGGAUAAGAUCUGUAAAGGUCUGUUCUUCUACUUCCUCUUCUUGUACACAUAUAGAGGACUGUCAGCGUUAAUUCACUGAUUUUCAGAAGAUGAUGUGUUUUUUUUAUUUUAUGUUCAAAUGUUGAGUUAUUUUUUAUCAUUUGCUCAAGCCUGUUAUACAUUUACGUUUAAGUAUUGUGUAUUUUUAAGAGAGGAGAGUGUACCUUAUAUUUUAUAUUAAAAAAGACUUAAACAAG